AUGGGGUUUUAUUGGAUUCGCUCAGAAAUUGUUUCAUCUUUAACAAAAGGCCGAGGGAUGCCCAAGACGCGUGAACGCACAAAUAAUCGUGGAGGUGUUGAUGCAGGUGAUAUUAUCGUUUGUAAUUGGGUAUCAUAUGUGGAAAUAUUUUAUUUGACCUUUAGGUUUGAUCCUAUUUUUACACAAUAUUAUCCCGCAACCAACACCUUGCGGCCGAUAUCCUUAUGGAAAGCGAUUUGGAAUACUGGAUCUUAUCCAAAUCUUGACCCACCAGAAACGGAAACAUUCACGCUUCAAGAGUUGGUCAGUUAUGCUAAAUCUAAGCGAUCAAGACCAAUUGUCAUAUUUCCUGAGGGAACAACAUCUAACGGUAGAGCACUGUUGAAAUUCAAUCCUAUAUUUAAAGAUGUAUCGAUACCUGUCAAUGAUUUUAAAAUUCAUAUAUUUACAGUGAGAUAUGACUUUGAGAAUUUUUCUCCGACAUAUACAGUAGGAAAUAAAUUCUGGCACUUUAUUAGAUUAUGUAGUCAGCUCAUUAACACACUUCAAGUAAGAUCUCUCAUAUCCGAUGAAUCAUCUUUCUCUCGAUACUUUGCACCGACCGCACAAAAGGUGACAACACCAGAUGAUAUUGUAGAUUCACAAGUGUUAAAUUACAUGGUACAAGUUGGUAGAUUUCGUAAAACAGGUUUGGGUAUAGUAGAAAAGAAAGAAUUCUUAGACUUUUAUCGAAAAGCAUCAGGCGGAUAUUCAAAAAAAAAAAAAUAG